UUUGUCAAAUAGCCCGUGCAUGGCAUGGUUGACAGGGUAGCUAACGAUUCAGUCAGGGAUCCAGGGUGGACAUUUUUACCAACCUGUAACAGAAGUUAAACCGUUAGAUUAAGGAGCAACCCCGUCUUUUCUGGCCGUUUCAACAGCUGUUCUCUUUCUCUGAGAGCAAAUUUUCACAUUUGUCAUUGCUCGGUUAGCCAAACUAGUUAACGUUGCUCUUUGAAAAUGGCGGAUGUAACGCCAGAGAAAAGCCUGGACGAUUUCUUUGCCAAGCGGGAUAAAAAGAAGAAGAAAGAGAAAGGAAAGGGCAAGGAGUCCGCUGCUGGGCCUACGUCGGCUGUGAUAAAAAAGACAAAGAGGGAGAAGGAAAAAACGGCCAAAAACGAGAAUCAAGACGCACAGACUGAAAAGGAGGACGAGGAAUGGAAAGAGUUUGAGCAGAAAGAAGUGGACUACAGCGGGCUUCGACUCCAAGCUUUACAGAUUAGCGACGAGAAGGAGGAAGAGGAGUAUGAGAAGGAGGAGGUUGGUGAGGAUGGAGAGAUCAUUCUGGUCAGUGGAGACAAAGUGUCUGGUCCCUGGAACAAGUCGGGCGCAGCUCCGGCUCCUGCUGCUGCACCCGUGGCAGAGGAUGUAGAGGUGCCUGAGUCGAAGCCUGCUGGGGUAUAUCGCCCUCCAGGGGCUCGGCUGUCCACCACCAAACGAGUGCACAACCAGGGGCCUCCUGAGAUCUUCAGUGAUGCACAGUUCCCCUCUCUACUGGCCACCGCCAAGCAUGUGGAGACACGCAAGGACAGAGAAAUGGAGAAGACCUUUGAGGUUGUGAAACACAGGAAUCGUGGUAGAGAGGAGAGCAGUGGCGCUUCUAUGCAGCAGUUGCAGCUUGACAACCAAUACGCCAUCCUGGGGGACAAGUAGAACCGCUCCCCUCCAUCCCCUGGCCCCUUCAGCACGGUCCGGCCCAGCCCCUUGAAGGAAGCUGAACUCCAGCUUAGUUGACUGCAGUCCUGACCGAGCUCACGCUGCCACCAUCACCACACUGGUUACUCGCACACACACUUAGCCUCACAUACAUACCCACUGAUACACAGCAACACAUACAGUGAAUUGAAUAAAUCAGUCACACGCUCUAUAUACAUUUGGUCGGCAAACCUGAAGGACUGCAUCUGAAGGGGCUGUUGAAAGAGGGAAUAAUUGAAAAGGAAUUAGCAACAUACACCCAAACGUACAACACUGCAGCAGCAACAAAAGACAACGUAGUUGUCCUUUGUGGAUUGUACUCAGAGCAGCAGUUGUGUGGCGCAACUUUUCUCUGGACUUCUACUUGCUUCGAUUAAAGCCACAGAGGAUCGAAGAUAACUUUAGGCAAGAUGAUUUUACAAACUUCUGUGAAAAUAUCUAUUUUUUUGCAAGAUCGUUAUAACCCAAUCGCACAUGUUAUUUGGGGUGGUUUUUUUGAGUCGCGUUUGGGGCUUCAGGAGUGGGGAUGCUACCUCGGCAGUAUAGCUGCUGGUGGUGACGUGGACUGAGCUUCUUCUGUUUUUUUUUCUUUUCUUUCCGCUGUGGUGGUGAACGGGGCAAACAUCAACCCUCCCCACAUACAAGCUGGCCAUCAGGUUCUUUAAUUUAGCAACUUGAAGCUUUGUGUUUUUCUUUCUCCUUCAUGUCGAUGACACUCAGCAAACAUCUAUGGACAAGAAACGAUAGGUUGUGGUCCUCAUUUAGAAUUUCUAUAUAAAGUGGCCUUACUGAUAGAGAGAAACUGCUGUGUCAUCUGAAGAGAACUUCGCUUGUUGUCUCGCGGGCUGCUGCCUGCCUCUGGAUCUCACCACUCUGUGAUUUAAAAAAAAAAAAAAAAAAGUAUCCAAACAAAAAAAUCCUUUGUCCAAGAAUGUAGUGCUGUUGUAGUAUGCCUGAUGAUUACAACUACUAACUGUCUUUCAUAUCCAUGGUUUGAUUUUGCUGCCCUUGCUUUAUUUUGGUCUCAGCAAAAGAGAAAUAAGGUCAUUUCUAAUCCAAAACCAUUCUUCUGGUAACAAGUGCUUUACUGUGGUUUGACACCAGAUGGUCACAGGCGUUACAGGAGUAAGAAAAAUGACGGGAAACCACUGUAAAAACGUAUUUGUUGAGGUUUUUGGCCAUAUUGAUUUCACACCUUUUUAUAAUUUGUUGUAAAGUGGUACAGUUCAAACCCAGUUUUAAGAGUUUGGUUUUUUUUUUUUUUUUUAAAUGAAGGCUUUUCCUCGUUAAUCAUGGUAUGUCGGCCCUCAUUGCAGUUGUGUAGAACGGGUUGUGCAUAACUUUAAUUAAUGGCGACUGCUCAUCUGUAAAACCAAAGUCGUCAAACCAACAGCGUAGUAUCCACUUCCAAAACAGUGGUACGCCCAGUUAAAAUCAAAUGGGUUUUUACUACAAGCAUAGUUAUGUUUAGGAAGCUGAAGAAGAACUGGAUUUAUGUUCUAUGUUCAUGUCCAUAAACAAUGUCGGGGAACAUUGAUCCCUGCUGGGACAUAGAUAAUAUUUGUGAUGAAAAGAGAAGAGCCUAACACAAAAAAUAAAGUGAUCCUUGUGAAUUAAACCUCGUCUGAAUCUUUAAAUGCUGAAAAUGGGGAUUUCUACAGUGUCUUUUUCCAGAAAAGGUGUGAAUUUGUGUCCAUUUGUAAACUUGCAGUAAGACUUGUGUUAACCUGUUAUCCUUCCCAUAAUCACUGAAUUCCAGAGGCGUCUCAUUUUGUCAGAGCAGGUGUUGAUUUUGACAAAUGAUGAAAUAAUUAUCAAAGAUUUCUGCUCUUUUUGGAAAAAGUAGAUGCUUCAUUUGACCUUACCAAAACAUAUUAACAAAUAAAAGAAACUUUU